AUGUUUCUUGACUUUUCUAAGACAUUCGAGAUUGAAUGUGAUGCCUUUGGAGUAGGCAUAGGUGCUGUUUUGAUGCAUGAGAAGAGGACAAUGGCUUUCUUUAGCAAAAAGUUGAGUGGGGAUGCCUUGAAUAAUCCCACAUAUGGCAAAGAGCUAUAUGCUCUUGUUUGAGCUAUAGAAACGUGGCAACACUACCCUUGGCCUAAAAAUUUUGUGAUCCACACCGAUCAUGAAUCCUUGAAGUACUUGAAGGAAAAACAUAAGCUGAACAAGAGACAUGCUUGAUUGGUGGAGUUCAUUGAAUCCUUCCCCUAUGUGAUUCUCUACAAGCAAGGUAAGGAGAAUGUGGUUGCCGAUGCUCUUUCUCAAAGGUAUGCUUUGUCUCAUCUCUUCAUGCUUGAUUCAUUGGGUUUGAGCACAUUAAAGAGUUAUAUGUCAAUAUCGUGACUUUGGUGAGCUUUAUGCGGCUUGUGAGGAACAUGGUGAGGGAAAGUAUUAUCGAGUUGAUGGUUAUUUGUUUCGUGCUAAGUGCUAACCAACUUUAUGUGCCUCGUGCUUCAAUUCAAGAGUUAUUGGUUAGAGAGGCUCAUGGUGGAGGCCUCAUGGCGCACUUUAGGGUAUCCAAGACUUUGGAUUGCCUCUAGGAACAUUUCUAUUGGACACACAUGAGAAGUGACAUGGAGAAGGUGUGUGCAAGGGGUCUUAAGUGUCGCCAAGCCAAAUCAAGGGUUCAACCAAAUGGGUUAUAUAUUCCUCUCCCUAUUCCUACUACUCAUUGGAUUGAUUUUUCUAUGGAUUUCGUUCUUGGAUUGCCUAGGAGUAAGAAUGGUAGAUAUUUUGUGUUUGUUGUGGUUGACCGGUUUUAAAAAAUGGUACACUCUAUCCCAUGUCACAAACUAAUGACGCAUCUAAUGUAGCUGAACUGUUCUUUCGAGAAAUUGUUAGGUUGCAUGGUAUGCCUCGUACUAUAGUCUCUAACUGUGAUGUCAAGUUAUUGAGUUACUUUUGAAAAACUCUGUGGAGUAAGCUUGGUACUAAGUUGUUGUUUCUACUACUUGCCACCCUCAAAUGGAUGGUCAAACUGAAGUGGUUAAUAUAACUUUGUCUCAAAUGCUUAGCGCUGUCACUAAAAGUAAUAUCAAGACUUUGGAAGAAUGCUUACCUCAUGUAGAGUUUGCAUAUAAUAGGGUUGUUCAUUCAACCACUAAGUUUUCACCAUUUGAGAUAUUGUAUGGAUUUAAUCUUUUAACCACACUGAAUUUAUCUCCCUUACUUGUCAAUAAGUGUGUGAAUUUAGAUGAUGUGAAGUAAGCAGAGAUUGUUCGAGGUUUUCAUGAGAAGGCGCGACUGAACAUAGAGAGAAGGACUGAGCAGAUUUUGAAGAAUAUGAACAAGCAUCGACGUCCUCAAAUGUUCAAGCCAUGAGAUUGGGUCUGGGUGCACACGAGGAAGGAACGUUUCCCCCAUCAGUGACGUUCUAAACUGCUGCCUCGUGGAGAUGGUCCCUUUCAAGUCAUCAAACACAUCAAUGAAAAUGCUUACAAGCUUGAAUGCUACUUUCAAUGUUAUUGACUUAGCACCUUUCCUUGAAGACGACUCAGAUUUGAGGGCAAAUCAUUUUCGAGUGGAGUGGAAUGAUAAUGGCAUCAAUACCAAGGCGUUCACAAGUUCAACUUUGGUGCGAGAGGGAGAUGUUCAAAGUGUUCAAGGUCAAGGUCCGAUCACUAGAAGUCGAGCCAAGGCAUUCAAGAGUCAACUUCAAGAUUAUUUGGCUAAGAACUUCGAAAAUAUGGAGGCCUAGUUGUUUGUGGGUCCCAAUUUAGUCUUAAUCCGCGUUGAGAUGGAUUUGGCUGAAUCCCUGGCCGAGGAGGCAGGCAACCCCGAUCAGGGAAUGGGGACCAGGGGGAUCUCGUCCAGAAAGACCCCUUGAUUCCGGUCCAAUUGAACACAUUUUACCUCUAUUUUUCUUAGAUGUUUGAAGCAAUGUUACUCCGUGGGGUUCGGUUUUACGAUAGGUUGUGGUUGUUUUUAGUAUGUUUCAGAUCCUAGCAGGUGAAAUCAAACCAUGGAACGAAAGGUGGACGAAAAGGGGCGAAAAUCAGUCAAAAGGAGCAAACAGCAACAGCUCACGGUGGGGGCCAAAAGAUCACGGUCGGCCAGACCAUGAAGAAGAGGCUCGGGCCAUGAAGCCCAGGGAGUCCAAGAGGGUUUUGUCUGCCUCGCAGGCAUUCAUCACUUCAUGGUCUCCCGAACGUCAAAACCGGCACCAGAUCGUGAAGCACCUUAAUGAAACGGUGCACUUUUGCACAACAUCAUGAUCCAAGCCAAAUGUUCACGACCGUGAACUGGGACCGUGAAACGCAGUCGAUCUGGGUAUAUAAGGAGGGUUGAGCUGAAAAAGAAAAGGGGGGAGAACCUAGUGAGAGAAACUUCUUCUUCUUCACAUACUUAGGUUGAAUUAGCGCAAACCUCUUACUACGUAUUAGCACCUUGGUUAGGUCGUGUUUUGGUCGUCCGGACUAUGGUUCGAGGGAGAACCCCAAGCAACCCUAAGUAGAUUGACCAAGAGAGCUACUUUGGUAGCUUGAUUCGAAAUCCCUUGGCCUAGUGACCGAGAGAGUGAUGGUUGUUCACUUGUUGCGCUUCCCUACGGUAUACAACUGCCUUUAUCACACAUUUGUAUUCGAUCCGGGUGAAACCUUCGCUAUUAUUGUUCAAACCAUUUAAUUUCCAAUAGCUUUAGUUAUAAACCAUAGUUUUAACCAAAAACCGAUUGCUGGAUAAUGUUUCAAACAAUUGAAGCAGGGGUACAUGAACCGGCCCGACUUGAUCAGCUGGAUCCUGCUUCUCCAAAAGUUCGAUAUGGAGAUCAAAGACAAGAAAGGAGUCAAGAACCUUGCGGCGGACCACCUCUCCUGACUCAAAGGUCUUGGUGGAAGAAACUUCGAAAGCGAGAUAAAUGACACUUUCCCCGGUGAAAGGUUGUUCGUGCUUGCAGUAGUGGAGAGUGACACCCCUUGGUUUGCCAAAUUUGCCAAUUAUCUGGUCGGAAAGCAAUUGCCAAAAGGGUUGAAUACCAACAAGAAAAGGAGGUUCUUUGCCGACUUCCGAUACUACUUCUUGGAUGAUCCUCACCAUCACUGUCCAAGCCAAAUGUUCACGACCGCAAGUGUGUCGUGAAAAGUUGUCGAUAUGGGUGUACAAGGAGGGCUGAGCUGAAUGAGAAAAGGGGGGAGAACCUAGUGAGAGAAACUUCUUCUUCAGAUUUCUAAAGUGAGAAAGUGAUGAAUAAGAGAAAAGGAGAAGUUAAGGUUUCAUCCAAGAGCAAAGGUUUGAGAAUUUCUUCCUCCAAGGUUGAUCUCCACACCACAAUGAAAAAGGCAAACAUCAUCAUGAUGGUUUUCUCUCUUCUCGUUUGUGUAUUUCCUCUACUUAGCAUGGAGUAGUCCUUUCUUUCAUUUGGGUGUUUGUAAACCGUAGCUAAAAUUAUAUGAAUGCUUUUAUGGAUUGAAUGUCUUGUGUGUGAUUUUGUUUUAAUACAAGUUAUGAGUUAUU